AUGAUGAUCUACGAGAGCUCCCUCAACGAUACCGCCCUCCCCGGGCCCAGCUCGCCGCCGGGAAUGACGGCCUCGAAAUCCUCCAAAUCGUCGUCGCUCAGCUCGCUUCCCUCGGACGACGACAGCGUCAUUGGCGACGUCGCCCACUUCGAGGACAUUGGACUAGACGAUGCCCAGAUCGACCCACGAGAUGCGCCCAAGGCCGCCGCGAACCCCUACAACUCCUCCUUUUCCGACCCCCGAACCGUGACAAAACGACCCGCGUCGACGUCCACGCCCCGACUGCAAUACUCGCGCGAAUCGUCGAGGACUCGCCAAAAUCGUGAAUUCCCCCCCACGGCCAAGUCGCGACCGACUCUGCCGGUCUUGCAAAGCCAGAUUCGGACCACCAAUGGUCGCGUCGCGAGCCUCGGGCUCCUCCCCGAGCCCCACGCGAGCCCUCUUCCCUUCCGCACCCUCGGCCGCCAACCUUCUCAGUCAUCCCUCAGCAAGCGCCGCGCGCCGAGCCCGAGUCUUUCCCUCUCCCCGAGCAACCCGACCUCGAUGAGGCCGCGGCGGGGCAGCUGGCAGGCGAACCAGAACCGCAGGACAUCAUUGGAGCUGGAAUUAGAGUGUGAUGAGGACGACGGAGACGACAUCCCCGACGGCUUAGUGCUUGACAACGUACCCAUUUCUCCCAGACCACCAUCCGAGCGGUCCCACAGCCGGCCCCCGUCCAAGGCCCCAUCCCCGGAGCGACCGACUAAGGAGCGGGUGCGCAGUGUUGGGAAUGGAACACCAGCGAUUGCUGUGGCGCAGGGAUCGCUUCGGUCGCCCACCUGGAAGUCGGAAUCCGCGCUCUCGACAAUGAGCUCCGCUGCUUCGAGUCGCGUCUCCAGCCCGGUAAUGUCGAGGGCCAAGAGUUGGUCUGCCGCGUUGGCGGAUUUGAACGCCGAGGCCAAGUCCCUGACGGAAAAGUUGGAGGAACAUGCCGAGCACUUGGAGCACAAGAUGCAGCAGCGAUCAAGCACCGGUUCCAUGCCGAAGAGGAGGUCAUCCGAUCCGGAGGUUAAGCCGAGGGUGAAGUCAGCCAUGGCCGAGCUGCCCCCGCUACGCAGGUCAAAUAUCAUGAUCGACCCUCUGCCCAUUUCCAAAGAGAAGGAGGCCGUCCUCUCGCGCACUCGCCCGUCAUGGCUGCCCCCUAAGGACCCCGCCGAGGAGCGCCGCCACCUGAAGGAGUACCAGAAGAUGAUGGCCCAGAGUCUCGAAGCCGAGAAGCGACGCCAGGCUGCCAAACGCGCCCGCUCCGAGUGCCGCGAUGUGGCUGCCGAUAGCAUUAUGCAGAUCUGGGAGCACGACAUCCUCCCCCGCUGGAACGUCGCGAUUCGCGAGCGCAGGACCCGGGAUAUGUGGUGGCGGGGGAUCGCCCCGCGCAGUCGAGGCGCCGUCUGGUCCCGCGCCAUCGGGAACGAUCUUGGUCUCACCAACACGUCCUUCGAGGCGGCGCUCAGCCGUGCGCGUGAAGCCGAGAGGAAGGCCAAGUCGGGACACGGGAGCGUCGAGGACAUGCGCUCGGCGGCUUGGUUCGACGUCAUUAACAAGGACGUCCGGGAACGCACAUGGCCCGACUUGCGCAUCUUCCAGCCGGGAGGGCCCCUGCACCAGAGCCUGGUGGACGUCCUGCGCGCAUAUGCGAUGUACCGCAGUGACAUCGGAUAUGUGCCAGGCUGCAACACCAUCGCCGCCCUACUGCUCCUCAACCUCCCGACGCCAACUGACGCCUUCAUCGCGCUGGCCAACGUCCUCAACCGCCCCCUACCACUCAGCUUCUACGCGUCGGACGCCGGUGCCAAGAACUCAGCCUACAACCUGGUGCUGCACACGCUAUCCCAGAAAUCGCCCGCGCUGCACCAGCACCUCACCAAGCUCACCGCCGACCGCGACCCGGACGCGUACCUAGAGCCCGUCUUCGCGGGCCUCUUCACGCAGCACCUAGCGCUGGAUGAGGCCACGCGCAUGUGGGACGUGUACGUCUUCGAGGGUGACCCGCUGCUGGUGCGCGCGGGCGUCGCUCUGCUGCUGCAGCGCGAGAUGGCCCUGCUGGGCACGCGCUCGGUCGCCGACGUCCAGGCCGUGCUCGGCACCGCGGCGCCGGAUGCCUCCGCCGCCCUGGCCCCGAAGAGCCCGAGGGUGGUGGGCGGGAAUGGGGAUGACGAUCGCUGGAUGGCGGCGUUGAGGGAUGGCGGGGCAAAGCUUGAGACAUGGACAUUGAUAUGGGAGCGGGACACGGAUACGGACACCACAACGGGCGCCCUGCGUCCUAACCACCUAUGCGGCACCACAUCACGACAUACAUAG